AUGGACAAAGUGGAUUCAAAUGACCAACCACGCGUGAAGACUAGCAAGCAGCCAGUUGAGCUGACCAUCGAUGCGUUUAUCUGGAAAAAACAACUGCAGAAAAAAGCAGCGGACGCCAAGGACCGGAAGGAGUUCGAACGCAGAAAUCGAGCAGGGGCAGACUCCACAGGAGCAGGGGGCAGACCUGGUAUCAGGAGUCACCUAAAUAACGACAACUCUGACGACGAGAUGCUUCUGUCGUCGUGGUCCAAUGCUCCGCGACACGAAGACAGCGACCCGAAAAUGGAUAAUCAUGCGUCAAUUUCUCACCAUGGAAAAGGGACAAAGGGCACUGGUGAAAAAGGGC